AUGGCCGGUUCCGGACCGCGUGAGCUGGUCAUUGUGCGCCCGCCACAAGAAGGGUUUGGCUUCAACUUGUCACGGCUCGGCACUGUGCAUUUUCUUCGCGUCGUGGAACCCGGAAGUGCGGCCUCAAAGGCUGGUGCCCUGGUCCCCGACCGCAUCUUGAAGAUCAAUGGUCAAGAUGUGACAGAAGUCAGUCACGGAGACUUGGUGGCGCUUAUCAAGCAGGCAGGGCGCGAGUUGCGCAUGACGGUGCAACUCAUUAGUCAAGACGAGCUGGAUCGCUUGCAAAGUGAAGGCAACAGCGGCUCGCGACACGGCUCCUUCUCUGGUCUUGCUCCCGCCCAGCAGAUGGCAGCGGCUUUGCAGCCGCCGCCACAGCAGAUCCGGCAUUCACAGCCCCAGGCGCCGCAGCAACGCGGCCCACCGCAGCCCCAGCAAGUGGCACAACCCGGACCCGCACACUUGGCCCGCUCCGUACCCACCAACUUGAAGACGGUGUCCAUUGUGCGUGCAGAGGGCUCGUUUGGCUUCAAUUUGUCGCGUCUCGAGGGCCGACAUGUGGUUAGAGUGGUACAGCCUCGUGGCGCCGCCGAGGCGGCAGGCCUUUAUCCUGGUGACGAAGUCAUUGUGGUCAACAACGCAGUUGUCAUGAACGCCGAACACAGCGAUGUGGUGUCGCUGAUCAAGCAGGCAGGCGAGCAGAUCGUUCUUGAGGUGGUGCCUAGCUCGGCGGGCCCAAUCACCCAGGCCGCCAUCAACGCAGAUCCCAUCCUCAAGUCACGUGCACAACCGGCCGUGGUGAAAUCUGAGGACCGCAUUGCCGAGGCGCGCCGACGGGCCGAGGCCGAAUGGCAAGCCAAACGGGAUGCGUUGGUGCGUCAACAGGAGGAGGAGCGACAACGCACGCGUCGUGAGCUGUUCGAGGGUGAGCGCACCCGCCUGCAGAAUGAACUAGAGCGUGCGCAGGCCGCCGCCAAGGCAGCGGCUGCCCAUCGCGGCAGUGCCAUGAACACUGCACAAUCUUUUGCCAAGGAAGAGGAGUACAAGGAGAUGGCUCGGGUGCUCCGGGAUAUUGAGCAGAGCUCGCGCGAGGAACUGGCGCGUCGUCACCAGGAACCUCUGAGUGAUGAUGAGUAUGACGCUCAAUUGACGACGCUGCGACGCCAACUUGAGGCCGCGGUGCUGGAGGACGAGAUUAUGAAUGUCCACACGAGCGAGUGGACGCGCUUCGGCUUGGAUUGUAAGGAGCGCCGGGCUGUUGAAGAACGGGAUGCAUCCAGUUUGCACGAAAAGCUUAAAGUGCAGCGCGAUCAGGAUCUCAAGUUGUUACAGGAGAAGCAGCAACGCAUGGCCGAGCGCCUCGAGCAGGCCCGGCGGCAGCGGGAGGAGGAAAUCGAAGCCGCUCGGCGCCAGCGCGAGGAAGAGCGGCGUCAACAGCAGGAGGUCUAUGAAAAACGCUUCAAGCAGGCGCAAGAGGCGGCACGGCGUCGCGCCGAAGAGCGCGAGCGUGAACUGGAGCAGGAAGCUCGCCGCCUGCGCUUGGAAGAAGAAUCUGCGCAGGUACGGGAGCAGCAAGAACGAGAAAUGGCGGCUCGCAGUGCCCGCUUACAAGAGCGUCAGCAAGAAGAGGCCCAGGGCAAGCAGCAGGAGGGCACCUUUUUUGGGGUGCCUCUCAAGCGGGCCACUGCCCCCCAGAGCCGACAGGGCGAUGCCAUGCAUCCCAUGGUUCAACUCAUGCAAGGCGCGAAGAGUCAGGGCCCACGGGUCCCUUUGGUGCCGGGCAUGAAGGACACCAAGAUGUAG